CACGGCCUCGCCAAUCAGGAGGUGCUGGUAUGGCUGCAAAAGAUACGCCAGCAGGUGGGCGACAAGGCCACAGAAGAGCAGCUAAAAGACUUCAUCUGGAAGACACUCAAAUCUGGUCAAGUAGUACCUGGUUACGGACACGCCGUCUUGAGAAAGACCGACCCCCGUUACACAUGCCAAAGAGAGUUUGCCCUCAAGCACCUGCCCGAAGACCCACUGUUCCAGCUGGUGUCUAACAUCUACAAGGUGGUGCCUCCUAUUCUUUUGGAACUUGGCAAGGUGAAGAACCCAUGGCCCAACGUAGACGCUCACUCUGGUGUUCUGCUUCAG